CAGACGCACUGCUUUAAUCGCUGUGUCGCCGUCAACCACUGUCUACUAGCUAGUUUAGCAUCUAGCUGGCUAAGAGGCUAACCUUCAGCAACACACAAAUACUUCUUUACGCCCUUUGCUAUGUGUGUGGAUUGAAAUUCCCAAAGUUACCAGUCGUCCAAGAGGCUAAAUCGAAGAUCCGGUUGAAGAUGCAGUUCAUGCUGUUAUUCAGCCGUCAGGGAAAACUGCGGCUACAGAAAUGGUAUGUUCCUCUGUCUGACAAGGAGAGGAAGAAGAUCUCCAGAGACCUGGUCCAGACCAUACUGGCCAGAAAGCCCAAGAUGUGCAGCUUUUUGGAGUGGAGGGACCUUAAGAUUGUCUACAAGAGGUAUGCGAGCCUGUAUUUCUGCUGUGCAGUAGAGGAUCAGGAUAAUGAACUGAUCACCCUGGAGAUCAUCCACAGAUAUGUGGAGCUGCUGGACAAGUAUUUUGGCAGCGUGUGUGAGCUGGAUAUUAUCUUCAACUUUGAAAAGGCCUACUUCAUCCUGGAUGAGUUCCUGCUGGGCGGAGAGGCUCAGGAGACCUCUAAGAAGAAUGUGCUGAAGGCAAUCGAGCAAGCCGACCUGCUGCAGGAGGAGGCCGAGGCACCACGGAGCGUUUUAGAGGAAAUCGGGCUGACAUAGAUCAUCACGCUGCCUCGCAGUUCCUCUUUCUCCCUCAUUCAGACCUGGAACGUUUCAUCUCUACCCCGUCCCCUCCUGGUCCCUGUGUCAGUGUUGUAUCACCAUCUAUGUACUGAAUGAUUCUGUACCGUAUUAUCCUGUAUUGUCCUUUACCGUGGUGCCAAUGGUGGUGUUAAUGUGUCUUCUGUGUAAAACUCCCUCACUGUAUUCUGCAGCACGAUUACCCACUCUCAUAACAUGAAAAACUCCACAGACGACAAUGUAGCGAUGGCAUUUGACAUGAAAACUCCAGCAUCGUGUUAUAACCGUUCACUAAUCGCAGAUGUAUUUGCUGUUUGGCUUAAGAGAACUUUUCAAGGUGCUGUUGAAAGAACUACAUACACUGUUGAAACUUUUUAUACAUGGGGGAAAUUCAACCCACCAAAUAAAUAAAAUCAAGCACCCACAAUCAGUAUCAGUGUAGACAUUUGUGUUUGGUCAAUCUCCUGCAGAAAUUUACCAUGUUCAAUUUCUUUUUGCUUCACAUUAGCUGUUUCUAUGUGAUUAGUGUCAUGUAUGUUGAAAAUGUUAUUCAGUCGCCUUUUUGUUGCGCUUUUUUCCUGAUUAAAAAUGUCUUUAUUGGCCUCUGGAGAUUAAUCUUAGGUCCUUCCCUCUCUCAGUCUUAUUUAGUCAGGACAAGAUAGUGACACGACUUUAAAAACACUAUUUUAUGCAUUAUGAGACUUCAGCUUAUUCUUAAAGACGAACAUUUAUGACCAAAGAACACUGUGUUUUCCUGUCUCUAUAGCUUCUAUAAAAGGCAAACAUGGCAGAAAAGGGAUUUAAAACUGCAGGAUGUUUCACGUGGAAGUUAUUUGGCCACAAUAUUACAGUAUUACAUUAUUCCAGUCGAUCUGAAGACUUUGGCCAAUUAAAACUUUCUUUGCGUAGUAGGAGUUGGGUAGUAACUGCACAUAUCAGGGUUUAUCAUUAUUCUUUUCUUCUAUGGGGCAAGAAACAAGCCAACAAACUGAAUACAUCCUCACCGUGCUGUGCUGUAGGUAUUUUUGUUGAAUAUUCAUCACUGAACAAGUAUCAUGUUCAUGUUUGGUUUGUGCAAAAUAAAUCACAUAAUUUUGUAUUAAACACUGCCAACACAUUUGCCAACAUUUUCUUAUAUUGGAAAGAUAUUAACAAUAAAUGUAUUGGAAAAGUGAA